CAGACCCUGCAUCUGAGCUAAAUAUGGCAGAGCUAGUGGGUCACCCCAUGCUCGGGGGGUGGGGGGAGGGGGAGGGUUGCAGGGACAGAGCUAUAAACAGGGUGGCUGUCCGUCCAGUCCCCCUGACUCUGCUCUGCAGUCCUGGCCUGUGUCCAGUCCCCUGGCACUGGGCAGUGCCCAGGAGGCCAGUUGGCAUCCAGGGUUUGUUUAAAUGACCUCGUGAAGAAUAUGGAGGGGGCUGGCACCGGGACUGUCCUUAGCUGUGCCUCAGGGUGUGGAUGGGGUCAGUGACCCCAAGGCUGACCUCUCGCUUGGUUCUGAAUCCAGACAGAAUCAAUCCUUGGCUGGGGUCAAGGUGUUCCACGCUCCCUGCCCUGGGAGCCCAAGGUGAGGUGUCUGGACGCACCCUCAUUGACAUUGGUUCAGGCCCCACUAUCUACCAGCUGCUCAGCGCCUGCGCCCACUUUGAGGACAUCACCAUGACAGAUUUCUUGGAGGUGAACCGCCAGGAGCUGGGGCUCUGGCUGCGAGACGAGCCCGGGGCCUUCGACUGGAGCGUGUACAGCCAGCAUGUCUGUCUCAUCGAGGGCAAGGGUGAAUCCUGCCAAGAGAAGGAGUGCCAGCUCCGAGCCAGGGUGAAGCGGAUCCUGCCCAUCGACGUGCACCAGCCCCAGCCCCUGGGCGCCGGGAGCCUGGCGCCCCUGCCUGCCGAUGCCCUGGUCUCCGCCUUCUGCCUAGAGGCUGUGAGUCCAGACCUUGCCAGCUUCCAGCGGGCCCUGGACCACAUCACUACACUGCUGAGGCCUGGGGGGCACCUCCUCCUCAUCGGGGCCCUGGAGGAGUCAUGGUACCUGGCUGGGGCGGCCAGGCUGGCAGUGGUGCCAGUGCGUGAGGAGGAGGUGAGGGAGGCCCUGGUGCGUAGCGGCUAUGAGGUGAGGGACCUGCGCACCUACAUCAUGCCUUCCCACCUUCGGACAGGCGUAGAUGAUGUCAAGGGCAUCUUCUUCGCCUGGGCCCAGAAGAAGGUGGGGGCGUGAGGCCCCAGUGCACACAGUGCCGGUGGCCCUCACCCACCUACAUUCCCUGUUAUCUGAGGUGGCGCCUAAUAAAGAAAUAAGUCCAUGCUGGUUGGUGUAAGUGCAGUCUGUGGCUCUCCUGGGAAGCAACAAGGGCCCAGAGCUCUCUUGUGUUGUGGGCGUAUGGGAGGCGUCAACCCUGGCCUUUUUUCCAGAAGCUCCCAUGAAGGUAGGUUUCCGCACACUCAUUCUUCCCAAACUAAGGAAAGCCAGGGUCAGAGGAAAUUCAUUCAGCAUCUGCUGUGUGCCAGGCACCUGCUAGGCCCAUUCAGUCCUCACACUCGGCAGCAGGUCCUGUUAUCCUGUUUGCAGGUGUAGCUCAGAAAGGUUAGGAACAAAUAAAUAAUAGUGGAGCUUAGCAGAGCCCAGAAGGGGAGGUGAAGGGGGAUAAUUAGGAGCACUUGCAGGGGGUGGUGCUACAAUCCAGGCACAAAGGCCAAGGGAAGUCAGAGGGGAAGAACAGGCACCAGCUCCCUCUCCCAGCCCCCACCACGAGCGGGACGGGAGCACCAUCCAGAUCUGCUGUUGCCCUGAAUCUGGUCCUUGCCAUCCCCACUCCCAU